ACCUCUCGCGAGACCGACAGGGUCUUAGAUAUAUUAUUACCCAGCAUGCCUAGCUUUUUCCUUUUCCUCCUUUGAGCCACGAUGCCGAAGGGGAAGAAGGCCAAGGGGAAGAAGGUGGCCCCGGCCCCUGCUGUGGUCAAGAAGCAGGAGGCCAAGAAGGUUGUCAACCCUCUCUUUGAGAAGAGGCCCAAGAACUUUGGCAUCGGGCAGGAUAUCCAGCCCAAACGGGAUCUGACACGUUUUGUGAAAUGGCCCCGCUACAUCCGACUCCAGCGGCAGAGAGCUAUCCUCUACAAAAGGCUGAAGGUGCCCCCGGCAGUGAACCAGUUCACACAAGCACUUGACCGGCAGACAGCUACUCAGCUUCUGAAACUGGCCCACAAAUACAGGCCUGAGACAAAGCAAGAGAAGAAGCAGAGGCUCUUGGCUCGGGCAGAGCAAAAAGCUGCUGGGAAAGGUGAUGUUCCUACCAAGAGGCCUCCUGUACUCCGAGCAGGUGUCAACACAGUUACAGCCCUGGUGGAGAACAAGAAAGCCCAGCUGGUGGUGAUUGCCCAUGAUGUAGACCCCGUCGAGCUGGUCGUUUUCCUCCCUGCCUUGUGCCGGAAAAUGGGAGUGCCCUAUUGCAUCAUCAAAAGCAAGGCCAGGCUGGGCCGCCUCGUCCACCGAAAGACCUGCACCUGUGUUGCCUUCACUCAGGUUAAUCCGGAGGACAAGGGAGCCCUGGCCAAGCUGGUGGAAGCUGUCAAGACCAACUACAAUGAGAGAUACGAUGAGAUUCGUCGUCACUGGGGUGGCAACGUUCUAGGGCCAAAGUCAGUGGCUCGCAUCGCUAAGCUUGAAAAAGCCAAAGCGAAAGAACUGGCCACUAAGCUCGGGUAGAUCUAUUGGAUUUGCUGCAAGUUUUUCUGUACAUAAAUAAGAAUUAAAAAACUUGUCUGUUCUCCAUAA